AUGGCAGCGCCCAAGAUCACAAUUGUUGCGGAUGACAACUUGUCCGUCAAGCCUAUCCCGGAUCUCGGGGGCGUUUACCGCACGCGGAGCUUGUCACAGUCUCGGGCGGGUAGGCGCCGUACCGCUUCUCGCCCGUCUCACGAGAGACGCAGUGAGCAUCUUGAUAUUGAGGAUGAGGAUGACUGGCUUCGAGACGAUGGUCGGAAGAAACAAGUCUUCAAAGGAACCGCACUACUCUGGCUGUCAUACCAGUCGAUCGGCGUGAUCUAUGGUGAUAUAGGAACAAGUCCCCUAUAUGUGUUCUCGAGUACAUUCACCUCCCAGCCAUCCUAUGAUGACCUUCUCGAGGUCCUCUCAGUGAUACUUUGGUCUUUAACUAUCAUGGUUACGCUGAAAUAUGUGUUAAUCGUGUUGCAUGCCGACAACCAGGGAGAGGGUGGCACGUUCAGUUGCUACUCAUUACUCACUCGAUAUGCUAAUAUCACGGAUCGCGAUCCUCGAGAGGCGCGACUCGUGAAGAUGGAACGACACGAGACAAAUGACAUGCGCCCGAGUAAUCGGACAUUACGCUCAACUCUCGAGAAAAACACGUUUCUACGCGGUUUACUAAAGACUAUUGGCGUCUUGGCUGUUUCUAUGGUUAUUGCUGACGGCGUCCUUACUCCUGCCCAGUCUGUUCUUGGAGCUAUCCAGGGUCUCUCGGUGGUGAGUCCCGAUAUAAGCAGCUCUACCAUCGUCGGAACAUCAUGCGGCAUACUAGUGAUUCUCUUCCUUAUCCAACCUCUUGGAACCACCAAGUUGGCGAGCACAUUUGCUCCCAUCGUUAUCUUGUGGCUUGGAUUCAAUGCUGGUUUUGGCAUUUACAACUUGGUUAUGUACGACCACUCGGUGUUGAAAGCUUUCUCGCCCUACUUUGCGAUACACUUCUUCGUGGAGAAGAAGACCGCUGCUUGGAAAAUGCUUGGCGGUAUCUUACUCGCGUUUACAGGUGUCGAGGCUCUCUUUGCAGAUCUCGGUGCCUUUAGCAUGAGAGCUAUUCAGAUAAGUUGGUUGUCUUGGUGCUACCCCUGUCUUCUUUUAGCAUACGUCGGCCAGGCUGCAUAUAUCAGCGUCCACCCUGAUGCAUAUAUGAACCCUUUCUACAAUGCCGUACCCCCAGGAAUGUUAUAUCCUAGCUUGAUUGUUGCCGUCCUGGCAGCAAUUGUUGCUUCGCAAGCCAUGAUCACGGCUGUUUUCCAGCUCAUUAGCCAGCUAAUGAAGUUAUCAUACUGUCCGCAAGUAAAGGUAGUCCACACAUCGAAGACAUUCCAUGGGCAAUUGUACGUGCCCUUCAUCAAUUGGAUCCUGAUGUGCGGGGCUAUUCUUGUUACUUGCGUUUAUUCAAAUACAACCCGCCUUGGAAACGCAUAUGGUGUUUGUGUCAUGUUUGUUACCUUCUUCGAUACAUCCAUGGUGACCCUCGCCUGUUUAAUCGUGUGGGGACUGUCCCCUUAUCUCGUCUUUAUACCGUGGCUUUUCUUCGCUACAGUCGACGGCCUGUACCUCUCCUCAGCGUUAACUAAAGUUCCCGAUGGAGCCUGGUUUACAAUUACCAUUUCAGGGAUUCUCACAUUCAUUUUCCUACUCUGGCGCUUCGGUAAGGAAAAUCAAUGGCGCGCCGAGGCAGAAGACCGAUUCCGACCCGCGCAACUCCUGCACCGGAUAGACUCUACUCCUAAUAGCGACCUUGUUCUUGGGCCCCGUUGGGGUGGUGGUGCUGUGAGUCGGAUUAGAGGGUUUGGUAUAUUCUUCGACAAGACGGGUGUGUUAACGCCAACUGUGUUCACCCAAUUUGUUAGCAAGUUUGGCACUGUGCCGGAUGCUAUGAUUUUCUUCCAUCUUCAUCCUGCGGAAACACCGACUGUUCCAUUCAAUGAGCGUUAUUCUAUCUCGCGUAUAUCUGCUAUUCCAGGUUGUUACAGACUGGUGGUCCGCAGUGGCUACAUGGACGAAGUGAUCACGCCUGAUCUCGCAGCGCUGAUAUACGAGCAAGUACGGAACUUUGUUAUCGAUCAAGCCAAUGGUAAUAAUACGAGUCUACCAUCAGUGGAAAUCGAAGCUGUAGAGGGGCAGGUAUCAAGUGAAACUCACGGGGUAUCUUCUGGAAGAAAUGUUCAAGCGAAUGACCAGAGCGAAAGAAACAGGGCAGUAUUUGCGCUCGGGGACGAUGCGAUAAAAGAGGAGCUCGGUAGGCUUGACCGGGCUUUCGCCAGCAAGGUCAUGUAUGUGAUCGGCAAGGAACAAAUGCGCAUUAAAGACCAUCCCGCGUCAUUUUUCCGCCGCAUAAUCCUGACAACGUUCCUCUGGAUCAGGGAUAACACACGCGCCAAGAUCGCCAAUCUGAGGCUUGCCAUGGAUAGGGUUGUCGAGGUCGGGUUCGUUAAAGAGAUAUAA